GCUCACAGCAGUCCAUCUCGCCGACCUCUCCGCUGCGCUGCGCGCCUCACCGCACCUCCAGAUUUUAUUGCUUCAACCGCAGAAAGGAAAAUGCAGGCGUCCCACGCUCUGCUGGCUAUGGCGCUACUGACCACUGGAGCGCUCGUGGCAGCGGACCUGUCCAUUCAGAUCCUGGAGCCUCAUCCGAAGCACCCCAACGCGUGCUACGACGCGGACGCCGACAAGGCCUACCCCGUGGACAGUAGCUGGUUCGUGCCGGACCAGUGCACGAAGGCCACCUGCAGUAAGGACGCCAACUCCAACAAGUUCGUCAUCCAAUACAUGGGUUGCGGAUUGAUGGCGACGCCUCCGGCUCCGUGUAAACUGGAGACUAACAAGAAGGCCCAGUACCCAGACUGUUGCCCCAAAGUCGUGUGCCCCUGAAGAAGUCCACGACGGGCCAUUUGCCGAUAAAUAAUUCCUAUGUGCUUUGUUAACUUGUAUUCCUACUCAUACCCCCAACGAAUUUAAUUGAAAGAUUGAAAUUCAGAAAAUGAUAUUAAUAGCUGAUCCUUCUACGUAACAAGUGGAGGCUUCUAUUGGUCUAAUUUGACAACUGAAAUUGAAUUUAAUAAUAGAAAAAAUUACUGUCGGAAUUAGUGAAAAUCCAUUGAAUACAUAACAAGUAGUUCAGAAAAAUUAAAUGCAAAGUUGAUUCACCACAUCGAAGAUUCUGAUAAACCUCUCUAAAUUCACGGGCAAAAUCUUUACAUUCAGACCAUUUCCUUCUCCACUCCCAUCCAUUAAAAAGAGUAUUAAUAUCAUUCUAUGGAUAUCACACCACAAACCAGUUAAAAACCUUGACCUUCGUGUAAACGCUACCCUGAACUAGACAACGCACAAAGUACACCCCAACGUACAUCAAGCAAAAGCCAAAAUACUACUUGACACUUUGUUAAGAUGUUAUUUUGAACAUAAUUAAUUUUAAAAGAAACUAAUCUCGUAGUUGACGAAAGACGAUACAUUUUGUUAACUUUUGCCAUUUUCAAAAAUUUAGAGAGGUCAACGAAAAUUGAAUGUGCGCAGUUUUUAUAGGUGUACUAUUUUUGUAAGCGUAUUUUGAGAGAAAAAUAAAGAAAAUAUUGAACCC